AUGUCGGAUGAUGCUGGCGAGCAAAAGAUCAAGAACCUCUCUAAGGAUGGACGGUGCCUACGACGAUUUAUGAUUAGCCACAUGGAUAUUGACAUGAUCAAGGAGGAAAAGGCCAUGUUGCCGGGCGGAGUUUGGUGGAUAAUGCUGAGACGCAACCCAUGUUCCCUGAACUUGGCCUGUCUGAAGAGCAUAUGUGACAAGGAAGGUUGCAAUGUCAAGACUCCGGAGAAGGAAACCCCACAGACCGAGGAAGACUCUUCAGAUGAGAGUAGCAGUAGCACAACAGAAGACUCUUCCGAUGCAGGCAAGGCAGGAAACGAGGUCAACACAACAGAAGCAAGUGAUGUCAACAGUGAGGACAACGACAAAGCAAGUGAUGAGGAGUCUGAUGUAGCGAAGGAGGAACAAGUCCCCAGUGAAGGAGGAAAGGAUGACCCGUCAAGUGGAUCCAUGUCGGAUUCCGAGGAUUCUGAAGGAACAUGUGACAAGAUGCAGAGUGAACCUGAACCAACAGCCCCACAACCCAUCAACUUGCUGAAGAAAUUCAACACUGAGGAAGGCGACAACUCUGACUCUGACAGCAGUUCAAACCCCGAUGCCUCCAGCAACCCUGCAAGCAGCAGUAGCAGUAGCGACAGUAGCGACGAUGACAAUGCUCCCGAUAGUGUCCCAAAACAAGGGAACCAACAGAAUGAACCAUGUGGUGAGGAUGAAGGUAAACCUGAGGUGACAGCAGAAGCACCGCACAAUGACAGUGAUGACAGUUCAAGCAGCUCUGAUGGUAGUGAAUCAGAGACCCCAGCAGAAGUAGCAGCAGCAACAGGGCACAUGAACAAUUGCAAGAUUUCCAGCCCAGAGAAUGCAACCAAUGACAACACUGCGGAAGAGAACAGCUCAGAAUCUUCAUCUGACCUGGCUGAGUUGCUCAAUCAGGUGGAGUUGGCCUCCGAUAGCGCUGACAACAGCACAACUCCAGCACCCAUGCAGGUUGAUGAUCAGACAGAGGCCAUGCAGGUUGAUGAUCAGGCAGACUCAACACAAGUGACAAGAUGCGAUGCAGGGCGACCAUCAGCAGCAGCAGUUGGUUUUAACACGCAACACCUGUCAGACCACGAGAUCCAACAGAGAUUGGAAGAGCCAAAGAAAGCAGACCCCCCAACGACAAGAAAGAAACGUGAACCAAAGAGGAAAGCUACUUUGGGUAAGAAAGGUCGCAAACUCCACAACCCAGGCAGUCCGGUCAAAGAAGGAGGUGAAGCUGAAGCUUCAAAGCCCACAGUUCCCGCAAAGGCCAAGGCAAAGAAGAAAGGUGAGAAGGAGGAAAAGGAAUCAGUUGUAUCCAGCAGCACCCGACAGGACUUCACCAUGUCAGCAUUUCAGGACAAGUGGACCAUCGAGACAAGGCGCAGGAUGUCAGGAAAGAUGAAGGGCUCACUUUACAAGGUGUUUAUUUCACCAGAUGGUUCCAAGUUUUACAGUUUGAAGAAGGCAGUGGAGAGAGGGUUCACAAAUGAGGGCGGGGACGGAGCUGAGCCUAGCGGACGACCACGGGUUAGGUUGAGAUUUGCGCUGGUGAUGCUGCUGCAUCAUCAGCCCUCCGAUCCUCAGGAUUCCGAGGGAAGGAAUUUGACGACACGCAAGAAUCUAGUGAAGAAGACUAUUUCGAAGUCGGGUCGGAAGCAAGUGACGGGGAACAGUAAGGCAUUGAAAGAGAGUGAAAUCACAAUCACUGAAGAUGACCCCAAUGAUGAUGAUUAUGGGGCCUUGGAUGACCUGAUUCGGGAGAAUGGCCGUCGUACUGCACAUUGGCGGGCUGUCUUCCCAGAUCAACAGGCGAUGGCUGGAGGAAAGACAAGGAAACACAAGGAAGGCGAGGAGGAAAAAAAUGAAGGACCAAAGAACACGACGCCAGUGACACCAGCUGCUCCAAUGAUGGUUGGGGCAGGUGGCGAUAGUACUGAUAAGCCAGACAAGAGAGCCAAGAAAGAGAAAAAAGAUAAAAAAGAAGAGAAGGAUAAGAAAGAGAUGGUAGGGAAUACCACUGGAGUAGGUGGGGGUGGGGUCACUACCUCGAAUGGGAUGUUGCCUGGAAAUGUGCCUGACAAAACCGAGAAGGAAAAGAAGGAAAAGAAAGAUAAGAAAGAAAAGAAAGACAAGACUGACCAGGCAGACACAGGAGGCAAACAUGCGACUGAGGAGAGACCGUCAGCAAGCACAGCAGCAGCCUCCAAGACUCCACCUGUUGCACCUGUGACACCUAGUGGGAAGACCAAAGGCGAUGAGAAGAGCACAGCGAAGGAAGGCCAAGCAAAGAAGGGUAUGCCACAGGGUACGACAAACACGAAGGAAGACACUGCAGGGAAGCAAACGGGAAAUCAGUUGCCUUCUACCACAGUAGAUCAGCCGAAGCAUACCGAAACCACAGACGUCAAGCUGUUAAAGCCUACCAAGGAAACUCAGAUGAUGCCAGCAGCUGUGCCAGAUCAGACAGAGAAGACGGAAAAAAAGGCUAAGAAGGAAAAGAAGGAGAAAAAGGACAAGAAAGACAAAGCUGAUGGGAAGGACCGACAUGAACCAACUGCCACAACCACUGGUGACAAGUCAACAAGCACAGCAGCAGCAUCCAAGACUCCACUGGCUGCGACUGCAACCUCGGAGGUGCCAGCUACUUCACAGACUACAAGCAAGGCGCAGGAGACAGCAAGACAGAAUGAGAAGAAUGACAAGAACGCAGGCAAGACAGCAAGCAUGGGGAAUGGCACUGAUGACAGUGCUAAUGCCCCAGCAGGAGGGACAGAAGAUGAGACGAAAACCAAGACAGAAAAGAAAAGUAAGAAGGAGAAGAAAGACAAGAAAGCAAAGAAAGAAGUGAAGGAUGAAGACAGGAUGAAGGUACCCACUGCCACUGCUACCCAGGAUUUGCAGAAGCACAACACCGCAGCUGGUGGGGAAGGGCCUCCGAAAGACACCGAGCAAGAAGCACCAUGUGGAACCAAGAGAGAAAUGGAACCUCAGGAUGUCGACAAAAACAAGAAAGCCAAAGGCGCCGAGAAGACUUCCAGGAAAGCUGUCACUGGCACAGGUGAAUCUCCAGAGAAGAAGAAGUUACGACCACAGCCAGAGGAUGAACGUUCUGGUAGUGAACUUGAGGAGCCCCGAAAGGUGGCAACACCUAUGCAGAAGCCAUUUGAGCACACGGGAACCCUAUCGAGCCUUGAUCUCUUGCGAGGUCUUUCUGAUGAGCAGCUUCUUUCGCCUACCACACGUGGUGCUCCCAGUGAACAGUCGCCCCAGGAAACACCACCCUCCAGUCAGGCUCCAAGGGGUGGCGGGGUUGCUCGGAUGACCAAGCUCUCAGCUGAGCAAAAGGAAGCAAUCGGCAACAUGAGUGGACCCAGUGAAAUGGAAGAAAACGAGCGCAAGAGGCAGUAUUCGGCGCUGAGACGCGCUAUCCACAGGUUUGGCAUGCUCAAGGCAUGGCUUGUGAAUGACACCUUGGAUUCCAUCCAUGUUGAAGAGAAGUAUCUCAAAAUCUUGGAAGCAAUGAUGUACAAGGUAUUGGCCGAAAUCGUGGAAGAGAGGGGAGAGAUCACAAGAGGGGAACAAACAGCCACGGUAGGGGGAAGGGUUCGAUCGGGUGAGGCCAAAAAGGCCGUUGCAAAGGCAAUCGCCAGUGGGGUGAAUGAACUAGACUCUAUGGGCCUGGUUGAUUUGAAGACUGGAGAAAUCAAGUCAAAGAAGAGAAAGGGAACCAAAGAAAAGAGUCCCGCAGAGCUUGUUCUGAAAGAACUUAAGACUUACCAGGGAAAGAUCAAGAAGGCCUUGAAUGAGAUCGACAGUUGCACUCGUGAGAUCCGGGAUCUGCAAGUUGGGAACAGCGCAGAGCUAGUAAAUGCUUUGGAAGGCUAUCGAUUAGUUCUCCCUGACCACAUGGCUGAAGCCCUUGAACGUGGUGGUCGACCCGUCAGUGCUGUGGAUGUCGAGGAGAUGAACCAGUGGUUGGAAGAUGAAAAGGAGUGGCUCACAUCGGUUGAAACGGACAUCCGUGACGCAAAGCGAAGGAUCAACCUCCGAAAGCCCAGGCCUCGAAAGGCUACUGAUGCUCUGCCCAAGCAGAGCAGUGCCUCCGAAGAUGAGGCGCUGGAAAAAUUCUGGGAGCGCAAUCGCGAUACUGAAUUCUUCCGCCAACACCCAGUGCUCUCGGACCCUGUGCUUUGGAUGUGGACCUUUCACGAGUUGUGCCUCUUUGUGUACACGCUGACGAUGCUGAGUCGCACAGACGGCGGAGUGACUUCUGCCGAAUUCAUCACCGAUGGAUGUCGCAACAAUGCUUGGUGCCGGAUGCCGGGCUGGCACAUUUCGAUACUUGGGUUGGAUUGGUUGCAUGUGGUGGACCUCACCCUGGCCCCCGAACUUGGUGCGUCAGCACUUGUGGAACUUUGUCAAACCGAUCUUGUCUGGAAAGGUGACAAUGUCGAUGAACGUCUUCAUGCUGCUCACGUGCAGUUUGUCCAGCAGUGUCGUUUGCACAAGAUCAGCCGCUUGCUGCGCGCUGCGGUCUUUGUGGGCUUGGUGCGCAUGCGAUCAGCUAUGACUCCCAAAGAUGUGCUGCUACCGGAGGAGAAGAUUCAAGAGCUACAAGAAGCCUGUUACCUCUUUCACGUCUCUGUGAACUGGCUUGCUACCGAUGCCUUGCAGAAGGGGGUUCUUCUUUGGAAGGUCCGUCCAAAGACGCACCA